CGCGCCGUCGGAGACUGUCACGGGAGGCGAAGAGGUGCCAGUCGCCAUGCCGCUCGCGCUGGUGUCGGCGCGGCUUGUCCUGCUGCUGCUUUCCUGGAAUCUGCCGGCUAAUGGCCAGCCGGAGGUGCCACAGGACGGCAGACUGCAAAACAAUGAAGAGAAGAAGCUGAUGGACUUCAUCGUGCGAGGCUACGACCCGGACGUGCGGCCACUGCUGAACGCCUCGCACUCCAUCAGCAUCCAGCUGGGCAUCACGCUCACGCAGAUCUUCGACAUGGGAGAAAAAAAUCAAGUGCUAACAACAAACGUAUGGCUUGAUCAGGAGUGGACAGAUGAAUUGCUAACGUGGGAUCCAAAGCGAUUUGGUGGGAUGAUGGAGCUACGAGUCCCAUGCGAGAAAAUCUGGCUACCGGAUAUCGUCCUCUACAACAACGCGGACGACUACACGCGCGGCUACAUGCAGAGCAAGGCGAUGGUGCAUCACAACGGUCGCGUGUUCUGGCCACCGCCCACCAAGUUUCGCUCCACGUGCGCCGUCGACGUCACCUACUUCCCGUUUGACGAUCAGACCUGCAUCCUGAAGCUUGGCAGCUGGACGUAUAAUGGGUUCCAGGUGGAUGUAACGAAUCGGACAGAGCAGGUAGACCUCACGAACUACAUUCCCAAUGGAGAGUGGGAGCUGUUGGAGGCGCGCAUCAACCGCAAUGUGGUUUACUACAGUUGCUGUCCGGAGCCGUUCCCAGAUGUGACCAUAACCCUCAUCAUCCGACGCAAGACGCUGUUCUACAUGUACAACAUCGUGCUGCCCUGCAUGAUGAUGUCGGUGCUGACGCUGCUGGUGUUCUGCAUGCCGCCUGAGAGCGGUGAGAAGAUCUCGCUCGGCGUCACCGUUCUGCUCGCCUUCAGCGUCUUCAUGCUUGCAAUCGCCGAGAAGAUGCCUGAGACGUCCGACAGCGUACCACUCAUAGGCAUCUACCUGACGGCGGUGAUGGCCAUCACCUCCGUCUCCAUCAUCAUGACGGUGGUGGUGCUGAAUCUGCACUACCGCGGCCCUGCCAAGAAGGAGGUGCCCCGCUGGGUGCGACGUCUUGUGCUCAGAAGCCCCGUCCACAGCUCAUAG